CGAAUAUCUCCACUACCUCCGCCACCAUGGGUCGAAUGUAUGGAAGAGGUAAGGGCAUCUCGUCCAGUGCCCUGCCCUAUCGUCGUAGGACUCCCGGUUGGGUCAAGAUGACUCCUGAGGAUUGCGCUGAGAACAUCUGCAAGCUGGCUAAGAAGGGUCUUACUCCUUCCCAGAUUGGUGUCACCCUUCGUGAUUCCUUCGGAGUCCCCCAGGUCCGCUUCCUCACUGGUAACAAGAUCUUACGUAUCCUCAAGCUCAGAGGUUUGGCCCCUGAGCUCCCUGAGGAUCUCUACCAUCUCAUGAAGAAGGCCGUCUCUAUUCGCAAGCAUAUGGAGCGCAACCGCAAGGACAAGGAUGCUAAGUUCCGUCUUAUUUUGGUUGAGUCCAGGAUCUACAGAUUGGCCCGUUACUACCGUCGUGAGAAGCGUCUCCCUGCAUCCUGGAAGUACAGUCCCCUCCAGGCUGCUGCCGCUGUUUCUUAAGCUGCUGCUGCUGGUUUUGAUGGAAAGUCGAUGAUCCCUGUACUGGGAGUAUUGCACUCGAGAUUCCGGUGAUGAUCUGGAGAGUAUGUGGAUA